AUGGCAUCCGUCAUCCCGGUGAUUUUCAUACUCGCCAUAGUCCUAGGACUAAUAGCUUGCGGCUACCUCUUCGUUCCAAAGGGCACGCAUCAAACGACAAUUCGUACGGCCAUCAUGCUUACGCUGGCAUCAUGUUAUCUUAUGUGGAUGGUCACAUACAUGGCCCAGCUACAUCCUCUCAUCAGUAAGUCAUCAAACUCAUUGUUAUGGUUUUAUUGGCUAACACAUGAACCUCAGCGCCAUAUCGUUCGAUAA